UCAAUCAUUCAUUCAUGUUUUGAUUUGCUUGCGUUUCGUGUGAUUUUUUGUGGAAUUGUGGCGAAAUAAUAAAUAAAUCUUUCACAAACUUACCACUAUCAAGAUCUCUCCUGGUAAAUCAACUGAAUAUCAUCAAUCAAACUACAAAAAAUGGUGGAAGAGGACGAAUAUGCGUGUGUAAAUAGAGCCCAACUGAAGCUCAAGGAUAAUUCAGGAAUCAAGAAGAAAAAGAAGAAGAAGUCCAGUAAAGAAACAGAAAAAAUGAUCGAGGCUGACGUUAAACAACAGAUAAAGCAGCAGCAGCAAGAAGUUACAAACCACAAGACUAAGGCCGAAAUGGCUUUCCAGAAAAUGCAAGAGAAAAUGCAAAAGCAGAGAAUCCAGCAAAAAGCCGAAAUGACUCAUAAACAAAGAGUGGAAAAGUUCAAUCAACAUCUGGAUAGUCUUACAGAACAUUUCGAUAUACCCAAGGUUUCUUGGACCAAAUGAUUUGUGUAUCAGAUACUGUAUUACAUUAAGUUUUGCAAUAAAUAUUUAAUUUUUAAGUAAGUA